AUGAAUCCGGCUCCCUCCGCAAUGCCCAAGGCUGCGGCUAUCCCCGCUCGUCUUUUGCGGACAUCGCGACAAUGUUCGAGCCAGAGUCCUGCGACCAACUAUGUCCGCUCGUCUUCCCAGGUCCGGGGCUAUCAUGCCCCCACGGCUUUUGCUACUGGUCGCCUACGAGAGUCCAAUCCGAACCAGAAGAGACACAAUCCGGCGCCUACUUCGUCAAGGACAUUCCAUUCGACUACUCCCCUCAAGGCAAUUUCGGAUCCGUACAAGACCCUAGGUGUCGACAAGGGUGCUUCCGCAGGUGACAUCAAAAAAGCCUACUAUGGAUUGGCGAAGAAAUACCAUCCCGAUACGAACAAGGAAGCCGGCGCCAAGGACAAGUUUGCAGAGGCUCAGACGGCUUAUGAAAUGCUUUCCGACCCCAAGAAGAGAGAAAACUACGACAAGUUUGGUGCUUCUGCGUUCGAUCAAAACGGCGGUUUCGAUCCGAGUGCCGCGGGUGGGAACCCGUUUUCCGGUGCGGGAGGUUUCGGUGGCUUCGGAGGUGGUUUUGGCGGUCCCUUCGGUGGUGGUUUUGGCGGUGGUUUUUCAGGGGAUAUCAAUUUCGAGGAUCUUUUUGGUGCUUUUACGGGUGGCGCACGCCGUUCUGGACGGGGUAGACGAGGUCCCUUCCAGGAAGUAUUGGUUGGUGAAGACAUCGAGGUGCAGACCAGUAUUUCCUUCAUGGAGGCUGCGAAGGGCACAUCCAGAGACAUUGCUAUCACUCCCUUGACAGAUUGUGGUACUUGCAAUGGUGAUGGACUGAAGCAAGGUGCCAAGCGCACCCAAUGUCGCCAAUGUAACGGGUCCGGAACCCGGGUACACUUCAUGCAGGGUGGCUUCCAGCUGGCUGCCACCUGUGACGCUUGCGGUGGAGCAGGCCUUACUGUUCCUCCUGGCUCUCAGUGCGGUUCGUGUCACGGUAAUGGAGUCGUACGGGAUCGCAAGACAGUGCAAAUCGAUGUUCCCGCUGGCGUGGAGGACGGCAUGCGGAUGAGAGUGAGCGGGGAAGGUGACGCUCCUCCUACUGGAACCAAUGCCGCGCCGGGCUCUCGUACCCAGAAGGGUGACCUAUACGUAUCGAUUCGAGUUUCGCCUGACCAACGAUUCAGUCGUUCCGGAUCCGAUAUCCUAUAUACCGCAUCGGUCCCCCUCACCACCGCUCUCUUGGGUGGCGAAGUGAAUAUCCCAACGUUGGACGGCGAUGUCAAGGUCCGGGUUGCCACCGGUACCGGCACCGGCGAGCGCAUCACUCUUUCUGGAAUGGGUAUGCAGAAACUCGGCAGCCCCCGGCGGGGCCUGAAGGGUGAUCUGAGGGUGGAAUUCAAGGUCGCCAUGCCGAAGUACCUCACGAGCAACCAGCGAACUAUCCUGGAGGUUCUGGCGGACGAGAUGGGUGAUAAGUCGGCAAAGAGGGUUAUGGACCUCGGGAAAGACAACCCACCCAGUCCCGACGGCACAUCAGGCGGCAACUCUCAACAAAACGAAGGAUUCCUCAAAUCUGCCUGGCAAAAGCUCAUGAACCAGAACAAAUCUGAGGGUGAGCAGAGCAAGAAAGACGAGGGCCAAUCCGGCGACAAGAGUGACCAGAAAGACAAAGACGACAAGAAGUCCUCGGUAAACAUGAUUCAAUCGCCGAUGAUCUCGUGUCCUCUCAAGCAGACCAACGAAAUCGACUGGAUACGACCUCUGAAAGAUUACAUUCGCCAGAGCUACGGCGAAGACCCCGAACGAUAUUCACAAGAAUGCGCGACGCUCAACCGGUUACGCCAGGACAUGAGGGGUGCUGGCAAGGAUAGUGCGACAGGGCGCGAUCUGCUAUAUCGGUAUUAUGGGCAGCUGGAACUCUUGGACUUGAGGUUUCCUGUGGACGAGAAUCACAUCAAGAUUUCUUUUACCUGGUAUGAUGCUUUUACUCAUAAGCCAACCUCGCAAUACUCUUUGGCCUACGAAAAGGCUUCCAUUAUCUUCAACAUCUCCGCCGUCCUCUCGUGUCAUGCCGCGGACCAGAAUCGCGCCGAAGACAUCGGUUUGAAGACCGCUUACCACUCGUUCCAGGCAUCUGCCGGCAUGUUCACCUAUAUCAACGAGAACUUCCUACACGCACCAUCAACCGACUUGAACCGCGAAACUGUCAAGACUUUGAUCAACAUUACUCUUGCUCAGGCCCAGGAGGUCUUCUUUGAGAAGCAGGUGGUCGAUGGGAAGAAGCCCGGGCUCCUUGCGAAGCUGGCCAGUCAAGCGGCGUACCUCUAUACCCAAGCGGCGGAAGCUAUGCAAGAUUAUGUCUCCAAGGGCGUUUUUGAGAAGGUGUGGUCGCUUGUCAUCCAGGCCAAGGCGGCGCACAUGAACUCUGUCGCUUCAUACUACCAAGCUUUAGCAGACAGUCAAGCCAACCAGCACGGGAUAGCUAUUGGUAGGCUCCAGCUGGCUGAGAAGCAUUCAAACGUCGCCCUGAGCUGGGCCAAGUCGUUUCCGUCGUCCGUCUCUGCAAAUUCGAACCUAAGUACCGAGUCGGGCUCUAGUCUCUUGGAUCUCAUUAAACACCAACUCGCGAUCGUGCAGACCAACCUCUCUACGUUCAACAAAGACAACGACUUUAUCUACCACCAACCUGUCCCGAAUGAAGCCAGUCUGUCAACCGUUGCCAAGCUUCCAGCCGCGAAGGCCAUCCCCGUUAGUGAGCUGUAUCAGGGUCAAGAUAUUCAACGAAUCAUCGGGCCAGAUAUUUUCCAGAAGCUGGUCCCUAUGUCUGUCACAGAGACGGCCAGUCUUUACGAUGAGGAGAAGGCCAAGCUCAUUCGCGCGGAAACGGAAAAGGUCGAAACCGCUAAUGGGGAAAUGGCAGCCAGUUUGGAUUACCUGAAACUGCCUGGCAGCCUCAGUAUUCUCAAGGGUGGAAUGGAUCAGGAAGUGACAGUGGACGAUGAAUUUCGGCAAUGGUGUCAGGAGCUGGCGGGCCACAAGCCCUUUACCAAGGACUUUGAUGAGUUACAAGAACGCAAGGCAGACGUGCUGACACAGCUGGAUCAUUGCUCCAAGCAGCUCGACCUGGAAGAAAGCGUGUGUGAGAAGAUGCGUUCCAAGUACGGUGCCGAUUGGAGUCAGCAGCCAAGUGCCAAGCUGAACACGACCCUGCGUGGUGAUGUGCGAACGUACCGCGAUACCGUCAAUGAGGCCAGCGCCAGCGACUCGCAACUCAUGUCCACUCUCAACCAGUACGAAGCAGAAUUUGACGAGAUAAAAGCAGCCGGAGAAACGGAUGAGGCCGAUGUCCUUUUCCAGCGAGCGAUGCUCAAGGCUGGCUCCAAACAUGGAAAGGGCAAGAAUGGAAUGGGCAGCCCUGCGGCGGAGGGCAACUUGCUGGAUGAUAUUGAUGAGGGGGGCCUUUCAGUGGCCGAUCAGAUUUCUCGGGUUGAGUCGAUAUUGAAAAAGUUGAACCUGGUCAAGAGAGAGCGGUCGCAGGUGCUGAAGGACUUGAAGGACAAGGUUCACAACGACGAUAUCUCGAAUGUCCUGAUCUUGAAUAAGAAAUCCAUUGCAGGGCAGGAAGGCCAGCUCUUUGAGGCUGAACUGGAGAAGUUCCGUCCGCAUCAGAACCGGCUUCUCCAAGCGAACCACAAGCAGGCUUCUUUGAUGAAAGAACUCACCAAGAUAUACGGCGACUUGCUGCAAGACAAACGAGUCAGAGCCGAACAAUCGAAAUAUGAGACGAUCACACGUCAGCGCAACGCCGUGAUGGGUCGAUAUAAGAAGGUGUACGAUGCAUUCAACGGCCUCCUGUCAGGAAUCUUUCAAGCGCAGACGUUCUACACUGAAAUGAGCGACACAGUGGAAAGCCUAAAGAAGAACGUCGAAACCUUCAUCAACAACCGGAGGUCCGAAGGAGCCCAACUACUGAGCCACAUCGAACGCGACAAGGCGAGCGGUUCAGCAGACCAGGAGGAUCGAGAACGCGAGAAACUACGACAACUCAUGGAACGCCUAUCCACCGAUCCCAGACCGUCUUCGACCUCACCAGCUGUCUCGGCACAUGCCAAAUCACCACCUCCUCCGGGCCAAACACCCGCAUACCCUAGCGUAUCCUCACCAAAACCUUACCCUAUAGCCCCAGCUCAGCAACCACCUCAACUUCAAUCCCAACCCAACAUCCCCAACUCGCACUCACCAGCACCCUACGCUCAAUACAACCCCAGCAUGCCCUCCUACCAUCCAGCCCAGCCCCACCAACAACCAUACCAACAAGGCGCCGCCGCCCCACUCUCAGAAGGUUACAACCCAAUGGCCUACCCCUUCCCGAAAAACACGGUAUCCCCACCACCGCAGCCCCCUAACCAAUAUUUCUCCUCAACCCCUAUGCCCUACCACCCUUCCCCGGCACCAGGGCAGUACAUACCACCGGGCUAUGUUCCUCCGCCGCCACCGCCACGGCCCCAGACUGGUGGUAGUGGCAGUGGAACUGCGUAUCCGCCGUCGACGGGCCCAUUCCCCUCGGGGCCGGGAGGAUAUGCGCAGGGUCGGCCGUAUGGAUCCAGUGCGCAUCAUAGGGCACAGUCGCAGUCGCAGCCUCAGGGUCAAGGACAGGCACAGGGAGGUGAUCCUUGGGCGGGGCUGAAUGCGUGGAAGUGA